AUGUUACCAUUUCAAAAGGUUCAGGAUUUUGUAACUUUUUUUGAAGGUUUAGAUAAAUUCUCAUUUUUAUCAAAUUUUUAUAUUAAUAGUUUUGUUGUGGAUAAUUUAUCGUUAUCAGUGUUUCAAGAUUAUGGUAGUUUUGUUAAAACACCAAUACCAAUUUUAAAAGAUUUAAAAAUUAUUUGGAAAAAAGAACAUGAUGAUACUCAACAACCAACAAAAGAAAUUGAAUUUUUAAAACAAUAUGUUAAUUUAAAAAGUGAUUAUUUACAAAUUCAAAAAUUAUCAAUGUUAAAAAUUAAUGAUACCGCUGUCACCAUAUCAACCAUUAAACAUUUAGAAAUUAGAAAUUUAAAUAAUAUUAAAUUAAAUAAUAUUGAAACCCCAUUACCAAAUAGUUUAACAAAGUUAACGAUAGGGGAGGGGUAUGAGUAUCCAUUAUCUACCGAUAUGGUACAUGGUGGUAUUAAAUGUUUAAACGUUGGUUACAAAUGGAAUUUUAAUUUAUCAAAUAAUACAACACCAACAAAUUUAACACAAUUAACAUUAGGUGAUUGUUAUAAUCAGUCAUUUACUAAUGAAAGUUUCCCAAAUAAUAUUAAGAUUUUAAAAUUGGGUAGAGAUUUCAAUCAAUUUUCAUCACUUGAAAAUUUAAAUCCAAAUAUUCAUACAUUGAAAUUUAAUAAUAAUUUUAAUAAUCCAAUAUUCUGUGAAUUAAAAUUACCAAAUUCAAUUACAACAUUAGAAUUUGGUGAUCAUUUUAACCAAGAAAUUAAUGAAAAUACCUUUACAAACUGUCAUGGUUUAAAGAAUUUAAAAUUUGGUAAAUCAUUUUCAAAAAUUUUAUCUUUAAAUAAUGUUCCACAUUUUAUUGAAAAAUUAAUAAUACCAUUUAAAACUAAACUUUUAAUUACUGAUCAACAAUUAUUUAAUAAAUUCUAUUCAAUUGAAAAUCAAUUAAAAUUAAAUAAUAAUCAUUUAAGAAUUAAUUGUAAACAUAUUUUAAAUAAUAAUGAUAAUAAUAAUAAUAUCAGUGAAUUUAAAUUUCCAAUUAAUUGUAAUUCAGUAACAUUUGAAGAUAAUUCUUAUAUUGAAUAUGUUAAUAGAAUUUUACCAAAUUCUAUUAAAUAUUUAGAAUUUGGUGAAAAUUUUAGAAAUGAAAAAUCACCAGAUCAAUUUAAUAAGAGAUUAACAAUUAGAGCAAGAGAUAUACCAAGAAGAACAACUCAUUUAUCAAUUCAAUCUAAAGAUGUAAUUUUGGAUUAUAUUCCAUCAAAUAUUACUCAUUUAAAAACUUGUUCAAAUUAUUCUCAUCCAAUUAAUAUUUUACCUUUUAAUCAUUUAGUUUCACUUAAAACAAGUUUAUCAAAUGUUUCUUAUUUAAAAAAAACCAAUUUUAAUGAUUUAGUUUAA